AUGUAUAAAUAUAAAUUAUUAGAGCAUCUGGGCAGCGGUGCGUUUGGUGAAGUACACAAGGCAGUAGAAUUCUCUACAAACAAGAUAGUUGCCAUAAAGAAAGUUGGCCUAUGCCUAGAUUGUUCUGCGGUGACCGAGAUCAUGACUCUUCAAAUCAGCGGCGCACAUAACAAUGUUGUUCAGUACAUAGAAUACUUCACUGAUCAAUAUGGUAUGUACAUUGUCUUGGAAUAUUGCCAUUUUGGCUCUAUAGACAAUUUCUUGAAACACAACCCAAGUCUUGAUAAGAAUAUGCGUAUGGGAUUCUUAAAAGACGUGUCGAAUGGCCUAGCGCAUAUUCAUGGCGUCAACAUCGUACAUCGAGAUUUAAAGCCUGCCAACAUUUUGAUCGACAUUCGACUUGUUGCUAAAAUAGCUGAUUUUGGAUUCGCUAAGUUUUUGAAUUCAUUUGAUACUACGACAACAGUGGAGAAGUACAUGAAGACAGUGCUUGGCACCUAUCCGUACAUGGCGCCAGAAGUACUACAAGGACAUUACGAUGCCAAUGCAGACAUUUUCAGCAUGGGAAUUAUAUUUUGUAGUAUUUUAGAUGACAACUUAAAAGAACAGAUCGAGAAAGAGCGGAUUGGUGAGAAGAUGUGUAUUGUACAAAACUACAACUACAAUGUACCACCAACUAUUGGACCAUUUAUGGAAAGUCUUGUCACUAGAAUGCUGCAGAAGGAUUACCAUCAAAGACCUACUGCUCGAGACAUCAGCCAAAAGUUAAUGCAGCAUGUUGCAUGUCUUUGUGGGUGCCAUAUGGGUUUGCAGCCCGUAUGUGGGUGGAUUUUUAAACCAGCCAUUAGCCAGGCUAUGCAAUCCCUGUACAAUAAUGCAUAUAUGGCCAUGAGCAUCCUAGCUAGCAUGCGACGUUGA